CCAAAUGCAUUUGGUUGGUAAAACAACAAUGUUCUUUGCAGCAAAAUGACCCCCGUGUGCGUGUAUUAAAUUAUUUAGAUUUGCGUGGGAACUACACAACGGUGAUAUCGAAUCACGUCUCAAAAGAUGCUGCGUCCACUGUAUUGGGCACAGACAACUGUGAGCAACAGCACAACCACAUCUCUACUUUGGUGCAGUCUUUUGCGAUUUGUUGCCGACCGUAUAUUCUUCAUACAGGUACUCCUUUUGUGGAUAUUAGUUGUUGUGUGACCCCUUCCGCACUCUCUUUGCUCCGAUACCUCCUUGAGCCAAAUGAGGUUCUACGCUUCAUUAGCAACGGUUUCCGCAUUCAUGGAAUUCAUGCAACACCGUGUCUGAUUCUUCUCACAGACUCCUCGUUGAAAUUGAUUGGGUUUUCCCGCAUCACGGUGGAGGGGGACAUUAUUCUCUGUCAGCGCGAAAACGACGAGAGGGAAGAGCCUGUUCUUCCCGUCCACAUCAGCACGACAAAGAGCUCGAAAAACAAGUGGGGCUCUCAGUUCACGGCCUCAAGUUUCGCAGUCUCUAUGACAAACAAGCUGCAGCGUUUCCUUACAGAUGGCGGUGGAAAGAAGCGACGACGAAUUGAGACAGAGAAACUUCAUGAUGGAACCAAAAUUGCACACUCGGUUCGACAGGCAUCUGGAGACUCCUACAGGGAUCUAUUUUGGGUGUAUUUCCUGCAGAACAUUCGGAGUGUACGCAUGGCAUACUACAUGCACCAGGAUACCGCCAUUCUCUUUGAGCUCAUGUAUGACGAUGGUCCCAUGUUGUCUCUGGUUGAUGCACAUCAAUCUAUGAACACGUCUGCACGAGACAAGUUUCUUGCUGUGUUGAAGGACGUCCUUGGCACGAAACGCUGUGAAUUUUUUGACCACUCACAAAGAACCGCUAGCAUUCGUUCGAUGCUUAUCCGUUGGGCAGCAGGUUCAGUCUCUACAUAUGACUAUAUCACUUUUCUUAAUUCUGUGGCGGGCCGUACAAGGAGAGACUUUAACCAAUACCCCAUCUAUCCAUGGGUGCUUGCCGAUUACAAGUCAAGUGAACUUGACAUGGACUCCCCCAAAACAUAUCGUGAUCUCUCGCUUCCUAUGGGGGCACAAACGGAGGAACGACGUCAGAAAGUGAUGCAAGUCUACCAGCAAAUGGUGGAGGUGCAAAAAGCCGAUCCGGACUUUGAAGGCGUUCAGCCAUUCCAUCAUGGCACGCACUACUCUACGAGUGGAGGGGUAUUACAUUUUCUCAUUCGUGUGGAGCCAUUUACAACUUUUGCACGCAUCUUUCAAGGCGGUGAGUUUGACGUAGCCACGCGUUUAUUUGAUUCCAUUGAUGCCUCCUUUCAAUCGUGUGUGCAUGGCCCCACAGACUGUAAAGAGUUAAUGCCAGAAUUCUUCUUUGAUGGCAUGUUUCUUGUAAAUGCAAAUCAUUGCGAGUUUGGCGAAAAGUCCGACGGUACGGUUGUGAAUGACGUGAGACUUCCUCCUUGGGCCAAGGGCUCGACGCAGGUGUUUAUAUCCGUCAUGCGAUACGCACUGGAGAGCAAUUUUGUUUUGCAGAACAUUCAUCGUUGGAUUGAUCUGAUCUUUGGUGUACGUCGAUGUGGAAAACUUGCUGUUGAGAGCUACAAUGUGUUUCAGCGCAUGACGUACGGUGAGGAGGUUCUUCAGGCUUUAAAAAAGUGUGAUAAUCCACAUGACAUUGAUGUCAUCAUUGCGGAGGUGGACAACUUUGGGCAGACCCCAAUUCAGUUGUUUCAAGAGCGCCACCCUGCACAACGGGAACUGAAACCAUGUCAUCCUAUGCUUUCCACCGGUGGCACGGGCGGUGCACAUUCUACGACUGGCGGUAAUGUGCUGUGCAGCGGCAACACAUAUACGACGGCAUUUCAGGAACAAUUGCCAAAGGUGCUUUCUAUGGUCAUGCAUGCUCUAGACUCACCACAGACAUGGUACACAUUAGAGGAUCCAGCGCCGGGGAGUUUCCAAGCCAUGCCUAAGAGCGUCUCAGAUGCCUUCCAAAUUCAUGAGAGUCCCGUACUUGAUUUUGUCACGACACGAAGUGGAAUGAAUAUGUGUUGUUACAAGUAUUCUUUACCGGUUGAUGACACGGACCACAUAAUUUGUUGGAACCACAGUGAACAUAUGUUGAUGCGGUUUGAUAACACGCGAGGACAUUUUUUGUCAUCUGUACGUUGCAAGUCGGUUCUUCGAAUUCCCGCGAGUGUUAGCGCCUUUUGUGUGAGUUGUCGUGAGACGCUGAUUUUAAUCGGGUCCAACAGUGGUACUGUGUAUUGUUUUAGUCAUAGCCGAACAGAUGGCGUGCUGGUGCUAAGCUCAACAUUGUGUAACCACACCAACCCCAUCGCUGGAUUUGCGUUGAGCACAAAAUACGGCCGUAUUAUUAGCUUUACUACGAGUGGCAUCGAUUUUCCUACGGUGUGGUGUGUUCAGCAUUGCCACACGGUGAAGUUACAUGUCCUGGAUCUCUCUCGCCUGCUUCCCUUGGCAACCCCAGGCGACCUUAUCGUGGUGGCUGCAGCUAUUGAUCCCAUAAGUGCAAAUGCCAUUGUAGUCACACGUCGGCAUCUUUUGCUGUUUGAUAGGAACGGCGAGCCGUACGGAGUCGGCCCUCUCCCCAACGCCGACAAGACCGCGCCACACUUGGAGGAUGAGGCGGGGCAAGUUGGUUUUGCCGUAGACGACAGCAAAAAUUUUAUUGCCAGUAUGACAGCUGUCACGACAUAUGAAACACUCGAGUGGGCUUCUGGCAUUCAGCUUCUCAUUACAGGGCAUCAAGAUGGCAGUCUGUCAUUGUGGCGUGUUGUGCGUUUGCCGCCUGAGAGAAUGGAACACGGCCGUAUUGUUCUUGUGGAGCACCAUGGGUUUCUUUUUACUGGUAGCCAAACCCCACGUCUUGGUGCCAUCACGGCCUUGCGACAGGAACGUCCCGAUGUGCCUGUGUUCUUUGUUGGUUACCACAGCGGUGCGGUGAAGGUGCUACGCUUUGAAAAUCGUACGGCGGACAUGACGAAAAUGACAACUUCUUAG